AUGAUUGGAAUGGUUCAAAGACUAUGGUUUCAUUCCAAAGUGUUCUUCAACCGACAUUUGGUAGGAUCACUUGCGUAUUAUAUUGCUCGGUUCAAAAGUCCCAAUGCCUAUCACUUCAAACAAUAUUUCAUUCCGAAUCGUUAUGAUCACGAACAAACAGCACAACGAGUUCUAGUAUAUUUUCCACGAUCAUCAUCUCCUAACACCAAUAAUCAUUCAUCAAAUAUCUACAUUAAUAUUCACCCAGGUGGUUUUGUUUCUGGAUAUCCGGAAGACUGCUCUGAAUUUUGUGAUUUAGUCGCUCAGGAACUGAAUUGUAUUGUGGUAGCACCUCAAUAUGGAUUAGCUCCAGAAUAUCCUUUUCCAAAGGGCUUGUAUGAUUGUUUGAACGCUGUAGAAUGGAGUUUACAAGAAUUUGGGAAUGAACAAAAUCCCAGACUUAUCAAGUUGGCAGUAGGUGGAUUUAGUGCCGGAGGUAAUUUAGCGUUUGGUCUUGCUCAAUUAAUAGUAUCUAAGAACAUACCUUUGGAGUGUUUAAUUUCCUUCUACCCACCUAUGAAUUUCACAUCUCAGUCAAAAAGUACAUUUCAAACAACGAAUCCACUCAAAAGAUGUGUCUAUUAUGAAGCUUAUUUGCAAGCUAUUAUUGAACGAGUGGAGUGUGAAAUGUUGUCACAGGAGGAAAUUGAAAAAUUACUACAAGAUCCAUUACUUUCUCCUUCCUAUGCUAGUAUUGAGAUGCUUCCUAGAUCUGUCAUGCUAAUUGCAGCACAAUACGACCCAAAUAUUGCAGAUAUGGAACAAUUCAUGAACACUAUGCGAAUUAGAUAUGAAGAGUUGGAGAAUAAUAGACUCAAUCAUACACAAAAUUCAAGGCCAUACAGAUUCUAUGGAGAAGUUUAUGAGAGGGUAUUUCAUGGCUGGAAUUUCAUUCCAGAAUUUCUCUUAAGAAAUGAUGGCACACAAAAGAAAUGGCAUGCCUAUCAACAAGCGUUGGAUGAGCUUGAGAGAGUAUUUAAAAUUUAA